GGCGAUGACGUAAUGUGUUUGUUCUGAUAGGCUGAUGAUGACAUCAUGGGGAGCUGCAUCCGGGUAUUUAGAGGGAACCUUGCGCGCGUCUCCUCGUCCUAUCUGCCCAAGUGAAAUCGUCGAGACAGUCCACACAAACACAUAGUUUAAAAAAAAAAAAAAAAAAAACAGAUUUUGUAGUGAAGAAGUGUCUUGGAGGAAGAUCCGAGCUGUACCGAAGCGGUUCGUGAGAGACAGUGAAGCUGUAUAUGCUCUCAAGGGUUACGUGGAUCCGAGCUUGAGGCAGUUAAGAAACUGCUUCUUUGUAUUCGCCAUUUUGGCACCCUAUUUGUUAGACUUGUUACGCGAUUCUGUUUUAACGGCUGAGCCACAAUGGCUCCAGUGUCACCCUGUCCUCAGAAUAGCGCUUGCCAAACAGGAAUAACGCACACCAUAUACAGUUCGGCUGGUUAUAUGACGGGCAACAGGGGCAGCAAAUAAGACGAAUGGGACGAGAACCUUAAACCAUGCAACCAAUAGGAGAGAAGCAUAUGGGCGGGAUCAUCUCUACAUCAGCAACUGGUUUGUUUGACAGACGAUUUGACCAAAUAGAUUAAGGUAUUUUGACAACCGAACGACCAAUCCAAAUAGAAGAAAGGCCGACCGGUAUUAAAACAUGACAGUCGGACGGAAUGGCCAAUGAGAAGCCGGGCCCGUGCUUGCUUCUGACCACAGAGCAGAGCGGACGGGCAGAGUCCCUCCUCCCCGCUGGUCAGGACGGACAGUGAAGUCGAGUGAGAGCCGGAGCCGUUCAAUGGAGGAAAGAACGUCAUCUGCAUCUAAUAUUUAAUUCUGCUGUUUAUUUUUCAUCUCUUAUUGUUUGUUUGCACGGUUAGCGGCCCAGGCAUAUAAAUUAAGCCGCCAGAUCGUAAAGCCCAAGCGAUUUAGCCACCAAAAUGUGUAAAACCCCAGACCGCCUGAGCAGAGAACCAUUGAAAGGGGAAUUAUUUGUGUCAAAUCAUUGAUUGAAUCAAAAUAAAUACAAAAAAAAAAAAAAAAAAACAAACAAAAGAUCUAGCGUGAAAGAGAGGGCACGCAAUACCGUUCAGAAAAGGCAGCCUCCGGAUACCCGCCAGCGUGUUGGAGGUGCAGUCUCCUCGUGAAGGCGCAGGCUGCCUGAGAGCUGCAGAGUGGAACAAGCAAGGGAACUGGAGCCCUGGAAUGAGCAGCUCUGAGUGCAGGACCCACAGAACAAGCAAGGGAACAGCUCUGAGUGCAGGACCCACAGAACAAGCACAGUGGAACAGGACCUCUGGAAUGAGUAGCUCUAAGUGUCACGGAUAGCUUAAGUGGUGACGUCAGGCCAGGAAGAAACACACAGUACUGAGAAGCAGCAUUGAACAAUGGGGGCGUUUUUGGAUAAGCCGAAGACUGAGAAGCACACGGGCCACGGCUGUGGGAAUGGGCUGCGCUUCGGGCUGAGCAGCAUGCAGGGCUGGCGUGUGGAGAUGGAGGAUGCCCACACAGCAGUCCUGGGGAUCCCGCAUGGCCUGGACAACUGGUCCUUUUUCGCCGUCUACGAUGGGCACGCCGGCUCCCGGGUCGCCAACUACUGCUCCAAGCACCUCCUGGAACACAUCACGGGCAGCGAAGACUUCUGGGGCAUAGAAAAGCCGGGCUCUACUCUGGAGCCCACGGUGGAGGGUGUCAAGAGCGGCAUCAGAACUGGCUUUUUGAAAAUCGACGAGUACAUGCGCAACUUCUCGGACCUGCGCAACGGUAUGGACCGCAGCGGCUCGACUGCGGUGGCCGUGCUCCUCUCUCCGGAGCACCUGUACUUUAUCAACUGCGGAGACUCGCGGGCCGUGCUGUACCGCAACUCGCAGGUCUGCUUCUCCACGCAGGACCACAAGCCCUGCAACCCCCGCGAGAAGGAGCGCAUCCAGAACGCGGGCGGCAGCGUGAUGAUCCAGCGGGUGAACGGCUCGCUGGCCGUGUCGCGCGCCCUCGGGGACUACGACUACAAGUGCGUGGACGGCAAGGGCCCCACGGAGCAGCUGGUGUCCCCCGAGCCCGAGGUGUACGAGAUUCCCAGGUGCGAGGAGGACGAGUUCGUGGUGCUGGCAUGCGACGGAAUCUGGGAUGUCAUGAGCAACGAGGAGCUCUGUGAGUUCGUCAAGUCCAGGCUGGAGAUCACGGACGACCUGGAGAAAGUGUGCAACUCCGUUGUGGACACCUGCUUACACAAGGGAAGUCGUGAUAACAUGAGUGUGGUGAUAGUUUGUUUCCCGAACGCUCCCAAGGUUUCAGAGGAGGCAGUUAAGAAGGAUGCUGAGCUGGAUAAGUACUUGGAGUCACGCUUGGAAGAAAUCAUUGAGAAGUCUGGCGAGGAAGGCAUUCCGGACCUGGUUCAUGUAAUGCGCAACCUGUCUGUGGAGAUCAUCCCGAACCUGCCCCCAGGAGGAGGCCUGGCCAGCAAGCGCAGUGUAAUUGAAGCCGUGUACAGCAGGCUGAACCCACACCGGGAUGAGGAUGGGGACCCUCCUGAAGCAGAGGACGGCUGGACAAAAGGCAAACUGCGGGCUGCUUUCCGAGAGUUCAGAGUUAAUCGUAGGGGCAACUACGGGCCAGCUGUGCAGGAGGAGCCGUCUAAUGUCAGGCUAGCUGGAGAGCAGAGGGCAGCCCAGGAAGCAUCAGCAGCUCCUUCAGCACCAGCAAGAAACCCCCAGGAGAACACUGCGAGCCAGCCCUGAGACACUGACACGCAUCCUGGGGAAAACACAAGGACCAGGGCAAGGCGCAGACCACCUUCCUUGCUCAUAAUGCUUUGUGAAUCUGACCUUUGAGUUCAGUGAUGGUCAGAGUUGGUCCUUGUGAUAGUCGUCCCAUUGUUCUGUUGCCAGCAAGAUAUACUCAGGGUUGUUGGUUCAUGUUUUAUUUUUGGAAAAUGAUUGAUAUGAUUAUGAAGUGGAGAUUACGCACACACACACACACAGAGGAGAGAGAGAGAGAGAGAGAGAGAGACCCCUUCCCAACUCUAUACAGCAUUAACAUGCUGUUUUCAAAGAGGGUUCUUUUCAGGGUUUUAAUAAAAUUAUGGCUUCAUUCAACAGCACAAUUCUUCACAUUAUUGUUUUUUUUUGUUUGUUUUUUUGUGCUUAUUUAUUAAAAUGCAUGCAAGCUGGGAUGGUUGUAGUAUUAAUUUAAUAUUUAAUCACAUUACUGGUCUGAUUGACAAGCAGUCAUUUGUAUGAAGCUGAUUUAAUCAGUCCAUGGCAUGCCUUUGGCAUUCAACACGUCUAAUGUAAACAUCUUGUGUAUUGUGGUGUUGCCAUAGCAACUGAAACUUCAUCCGUGACUGCAGACCUGUUGCUGCUCUCAGACCCUCUCUGCCUGCCUCUCUUGAAUCUACUCAAGGAAAUGGAACGGAUGCAUGAGGGAGAACAGGUGCCUGAGCCACAGAACCCUGGUGCACUGGCACACCCAGCUCUCUCUCAGACAUGCACAAUCUAAAGCUCCUGUCCUGUUUCUUUCCAUUCCGCCCUCUGAACUACAUAUUGAUACUCUGGUCAUGCCUUCUGCCUCAUGAGAAAUACACGCAUGUGCAAAAACAACCAAAGCAAGACAUUUCUCCCUCUGAAGAACAGGGUAUUUUGAGAAUACAUGCUGCCUGGUCUUGCGUGUGUAAAAGUGAAAAGUGUGCCGCCAGGUAUUUCCUGAGGUUAAGGAAUUUGGCAGAAAAAGUGGUGUGUUUUCAGUUUUAUUAUUCGCACAUUGCAGCACCAUAUGCUACAUCACUGAAAUGUGAACCAUGUUGAAGUACUGAGUGCACAGAUCGUUUCUUACUGUAGACAAGGUUUGCCCUUAAAUAGGAACUUCGGAACUAAAUAAAACUUCAGUGGUUAAUGAAUCUUUUAUAUUGUCCAUAGAGAAGAGGGGGAAGAACGUUGUAUUCAGCUAAGAUGUACAGGCUUACCCAAAGAGAUUUGCAUGAAAAAAACAAAUGAGCCUCAAGAAAAAUGUAUUAUUGAAUUGAAUGUUGCUUUAUAACUGUUUUGCAGUGUUUCAAAGGCUCGAGAAUGGAGUGUAUGUAUGUUUGUGUGUGUGUGCAUCUAUCGUGUGUGUAUUUUUU